GCAGCAACAAAGUUCAGGGUCAGGGUCAUGGUCAGGCAGCUGUAGAAGCUGGGGUGUUAAAGUUGUCAAACGAAUCACCUGGACGCAGGUGAGAGCCAUUUGGAGUCGUCGCCAUGUCGACCGACUCAUCGCCGGAGAGCGACAGCGAUGUCUACGAUCCGCUUGCCGACGAGCUCCACAAUGUCCAGCUGGUCAUCCAUGUGACGAGGGAGAACAUCGACGCAUUGAAUGCGAAAUUCGCCAAUCUUCAGGAGCCGCCAGCUAUGUACUUAACAGAAUACCAGGAGCUGACGUCCAAGCUGCACGAGUUGAAGGCCAAGGAGCACGAGUUAAUGGAGCAAUUGAAUGCUCUGCAACAGGACGAUGAUUCCAAGAGCCAAAGCCAGAGCGAGGCCAAGCAGCAACAACAGCAGCAGCAGCAGCAACAGUCGACAUUAAGUGCGGAUCGCACGGAUCAGCCACACUAUCAAAACCAGACGCAAAUCCUCCAGCAACAGCGCCAGCUGGCCAGGCACGCUCACGAGCAGACACCGGGCGAGACCGGGUCGGGCAGCCAGUGCGGCACCCUGACCCGCCAGCCAAAGGUGCUGCUGCGCGCCCAUCUGCCCAACCAGCAGCGCACCUCCGUCGAGGUGGUGGCUGGGACUCGGCUGUGCGACGCCCUGAUGAAGGCGCUCACGCUGCGCCAGCUGGAGCCGUUCAUGUGCGAGGUGAGCACGACGCCGCAUAGCGGCCGACAUAUCAUACCGUGGAACACGGACAUUGGCACGCUGCACGUGGAGGAGAUCUAUGUGCGGCUGCUGGACAAGUUCCCGCUGGGGCCGCACAUCAAGCACCAGUUCAUACGCAAAACCUUCUUCUCGAUCGUCUUCUGCGAGGGCUGCCGUCGGCUGCUCUUCACGGGCUUCUAUUGCAGCCAGUGCAACUUCCGGUUCCAUCAGCGCUGCGCCGGCCGGGUGCCCAUGCUCUGCCAGCCCUUCUCCGUGGACAGCUACUACGAGCGCCUGCUGUCAUCGUAUCCGGAGAACUCGGUGGGUUUGCCCGUGGGUCGCAGCAAUGCUGUCCGCUUCAAUGUGAGUAGCCGUCGCUGCAGCAGCAGCGGCAGCAGCAGCACCGCCACGACCACAACCACAACAACCACCAACAACAGCAGCUCUAAACCUUCUGCCAACCGACAGGGCCGACCGCCGCGCAUCAGCCAGGACGACCGCUCCAACUCGGCGCCCAAUGUCUGCAUCAACAGCAUCCGCCCGCUGACCAACGACACGCAGCGCAGCCUCAUCAUGCAAGCCAGGCCCCCAUUGCCGCAUCCGUGCACGGAUCAUUCGAACUCGACGCAGUCGUCGCCCACCAGCACCCUAAAGCACAAUCGACCCCGGGCCAGAUCCGCCGACGAGAGCAACAAGAAUCUGCUCUCACGUGACGCCAAGAGCUCGGAAGAGAAUUGGAACAUCCAAGCAGAGGAGAUCUUGAUUGGGCCACGCAUCGGAUCGGGCUCGUUUGGAACAGUCUAUCGCGCCCAUUGGCAUGGACCCGUAGCGGUGAAGACGCUCAAGGUGAAGACGCCGAGCCCGGCCCAGCUGCAGGCGUUCAAGAAUGAGGUGGCCAUGCUGAAGAAGACGCGCCACUGCAACAUUCUGCUGUUCAUGGGCUGCGUCUCGAAGCCCUCGCUGGCCAUAGUCACCCAGUGGUGCGAGGGCAGCAGCCUCUACAAGCACGUCCAUGUCAACGAGACGAAGUUCAAGCUGAACACCCUCAUCGACAUUGGCAGGCAGGUGGCGCAGGGCAUGGACUAUCUGCAUGCCAAGAACAUAAUACACAGGGAUCUCAAGACAAACAACAUUUUCUUGCACGAGGAUCUGUCCGUGAAGAUUGGCGAUUUCGGCCUGGCCACCGCCAAGACGCGCUGGUCGGGCGAGAAGCAAGCAAAUCAGCCAACGGGCAGCAUUUUGUGGAUGGCACCAGAGGUGAUACGCAUGCAGGAACAGAAUCCCUAUUCCUUUCAAUCAGAUGUCUAUGCGUUCGGCAUAGUCAUGUACGAGCUGCUGGCCGAGUGCCUGCCCUAUCGCAACAUCAGCAACAAGGAUCAGAUUUUGUUCAUGGUUGGGCGCGGUCUGCUGCGUCCCGAUAUGACCCAGGUGCGAUCCGAUGCACCGCAGGCGCUGAAACGUCUCUCCGAGGACUGCAUCAAAUACAAUCCCAAGGAGCGUCCGCUGUUUCGGCCCCUACUCAACAUGCUGGAGAAUAUGCUGCGCACAUUGCCCAAGAUUCAUCGCAGCGCCAGCGAGCCAAAUUUAACCCAAUCCCAGCUGCAGAACGAUGAUUUCCUAUACAUGUGUCCCAGUCCCAAGACACCGGUCAACUACAAUAACUUUCAGUUCUACAACAGCGCGGGCAACAUCUAAGAAAAUAUAAGUUGAACAAGGGAGGAGGAGUUGGAUGGAUAUGGAAGGAGGAGGAUGAGGAUGAUGAUGAUGAGGAGGAGGAGGAGGAGGAGGAGGAGGAGGCUGUACCUGUACUUACUAUGAAUGGAAGGCAUGAAACAAAUGCUUCAAGGCCACACUAAGCAGGAGAGAGAGCGAGAGAGGAGUACGGAAACUGAAAGUGAGCAGGACAAGAAAUUAGCUCUCUCUCGCUCUCGCUUGUCGUCUUUUUUGGCUGCUUCACUGAAGCAACUGAACGUGUGAGAGAGAGAGAGAGCGGAGUAACACAAGAUUAGCUGUCUCGCUCUGCCCAACAACUGCUCGGCCUGAAGCAACUUCUAAUGUGCAUUUCUGUUAUCAUUUAAACCAACG